AUGGGCCAGAUCAAUGGUGCAUGGAGCAGAACUUCUGUAAUGGCUUCUACCUCUCACGGCAGCGUCUUCAGGGAUGGUUCCUCGGAAUCGGAAUUUGCGCCUGAUCAACAUCUUAUUGAUACGCUAUUGACACAGGUUGAUAACGAUACAGUUGAAGCAAUUAUUGAAACACAAAAGCAAAGCCUCUAUCGUUUCGAAAAAACUAAUGAAAUGAUGAGCAACUGUAAUCAGCUUUCAGAAAAAAGACUGGAUCGAGCGAGAAGAGACAUGAUCGCCCAUAAAGAAAUGAUCGGCCAGAUGAAGGGCGACCUUGAAUUUAUUUUUCGUAAAAUACGACUAUUCAAGAAUGCGCUUGCCAGCAAGUAUCCGGGAGUUUAUAAACAAGUUGAAAGUGAGAUGAAGCAAAAGAAGGAACCGAAUGAACUGGAGGACGAGGCACCU